UGUGUGUACAAGAAAGAGCUUUAAGUAGAGAGGGAGUGAGCACAGUAAGCAAAAGAAAUCACUGCGAGCUGCACAGUCGAGGAGAGAGAGAGAGCAGCAGCAGCCCCGUCUCUGUCGUUUUCCCGCCUCUCGGAUCUCCUCGAGCUGAGCGCAGCUGUCGGGUUGCUGCUGCUUGCUGGCUGCGGGUGGAUUCUGUGGCUCUGUACACAGUCCACAGAUUGCACCAGGUCUUCUCAUCUGCCUCCUUUACUGCCACACAGGGUUGAAGGUUUGAUGUGUUCAAUCUGGAUUUGAAACACCAAUGAUCCCAAGCCAGCACACCCUCUCAUUAAGAUGGGAAAUGCCUCCGAAACGUAUCUGUUUGUGUCCAGAAUCUCAAAAGACAAUGACUUCCUCAUGGGGACGCUGUAUACCAUUUUUGGUGUGCUCUCUGUGCUGGGAAACGGGAUCCUGCUGUUCGUGGCCUAUCGAAAAAAGUCCUCCUUGAAGCCAGCAGAGUACUUUGUAGUCAACUUGGCCAUCAGUGACCUGAUGAUGACCAUCUCCCUCUUCCCUAUUGCUGUGCCAUCAGCCUACGCUCAUAAGUGGUUGUAUAAUAAGACCACCUGCACCGUUUACGCCUUCUGUGGCGUUUUGUUUGGCCUGUGCAGUCUGACUAACCUAACGGUGCUGUCCUCUGUCUGCUGGCUCAAGGUCUGCUACCCAUACUACGGCAACAAGUUCUCCUAUUGCCACGCCUGCCUGCUGGUCGCUGGGGUCUGGUGCUACGCGGCGGUGUUUGCUGCGGGGCCCCUGUCCGGCUGGGGAAAGUACGGGCCCGAGCCGUACGGUACGGCAUGCUGCAUAGACUGGCACGCGCCCAGCCACAACUCUUCAGCUAUGAGCUACAUCGUCUGCCUUUUCUUCUUCUGCUACAUUGUUCCCUGUACUGUCAUCUUUCUGUCGUACGCGUUCAUCUUGUUGACGGUCCGCAGUUCCCGCCAGGCAGUGCAACAGCACAUGUCCCCUCAGAACAAGAUCACCAAUGCGCAUGCGCUUAUUGUUAAGCUGUCCGUGGCAGUUUGCAUCGGUUUCCUGACAGCAUGGAGUCCAUAUGCGAUCGUGUCCAUGUGGGCGGCAUUUGGUAACCCCUCGAACGUGCCACCCAUGGCUUUCGCAGUGGCUGCUAUCUUCGCCAAGUCCUCUACACUUUACAACCCUAUCGUCUAUCUGGUUUUUAAGCCCAACUUCCGCAAGUUCCUCUGUCGCGAUGUAGCCCUGUGCAGAAGGUCGCUCUGCGGGUGUUUGUGUCAGCACAACUCCACCCAGAAGGGAACGUGCAGGCGACCUCACCACAAAGAAGAAUGUAACUCUACGCGCUUUUCCAACGGGCUACUGGAAAACCAUGGCACAUGCAGACACUGCCCUUGCCCUGAGAUUACUGCUACAAGGGAAAACUGUAUCGACUACAGCCCUCAGCAGACUGCCACAAUGCUCCGAGGGUCGCAGCAUAGUGAAGUGGCUGUCAGUCAACUCUCCAAUGAGCAGCAGAGUGACUUCCUCUAGAUCAAACUGGCAAUUAGCAAGCAAGUGGGAAGAAAAGACAGUGGAUGAGAAGAGCAAGUCAGGACUUCAAAGGCCAAAGUUUAAAGAACUUAUUUCACGCCUCAAAUAUAAUAAAUAAUACACAGUUCCAGUCAUGCAACGACCACCAUGCAAGCAGAUAAAAGUCAAAUCAGGUACUGUGAACAUGCAACGAUCCGAUCGGAUGACAGAUCAACUUUAAGAGGACUUGUGAAAUGAUGAUGAGAUUUAGAGAGAAGAGUUCUCGAUAAACCACCUUUAAUAUAUUUAUUAUGAAUAAUGUAUUUGAUGCUGUAUUUCGUUUCUAUAUUUAUUGAUGCAUGCCUCAAAUUGGAAGACAUCAUGGUUUGUUUUGAUGUGAAAAGAGGAUUUUUCUUUCAAGGUAUCAACUCAUUUGAAGGAGGGAACCAAGCACCCAUAAUUGUUUAUUUGUCAGCAGGUCUCCAGGAAAAGAUACUGUAUGUUGUAUUCCUUAUGUACUUGGUAGGAAAAACUCAGGACAUAAAAACGCCACAAUCAGAUUCAGUAGUUAAAUUUUACAUUUUCUUGAAGAUCAUCUCUUUAAUAAUAAUAAUAAUAAUAAGCUACAAAUCUUGAAUUGUACAAAAGAUGUAUUGCACUUUGACAAAAAGUAGUUAAUAGUAACAUUCUGACAUAAUUAAUGUUUUGUUUUUCUUGGAAGAAUCACAAAAAUGAAUACAAAGAAAAAGAAUACGUAAUCAUCACUAAUAUUUCUUCCAGUCGCAAUGUAGCCAUCGUGACUUGCAUUUAUUUAUUAUUAUUAUUCUUUUAAAUGUUAUGUUGAGCUUUGAUUAGAGAGUGCUGGCUCUUAGCAUGCUGGACAUGUCUGAUGAGCUUAAGGGGGGGUAUGCCAACAUACUUUGGCAUGAAAGAAAUAAAAUCAAGAACAAAAUCAAAAACAGCAACUCUGCAGCUGUGUGGAGUUUUAAGGAUGAUUUUUUUUGUCUUUUUUUCAUAGCUUUGUUUUGUUUUUAUUUUUUUAUUUAAUAUAUUAUUUUAAUACAUCAACUUUCAGGCCUUUGAACAAGAAGAAUUUUAAAAUAAUGUAUUCUGCCAACUAUUGAAAAGUAACAUGAUUUGCUGGCCGUCUAUCCGUUCUCCCAGAGCUCCAAAAUUAACUUUGUUUACCUUGAAAUUGUGUUUUACUUUGUGUAAGAGAUAAAAAAUAAUAAGAUCAUAAACUGUUCCAAAGAACUUUGAAAUAUACUGUAUCGCUUUCAUUAUCAUUGCUUUUGUGAUCUGAUGCACAAACAAGAACAAUAAAUAUACCAUCCCUUGAUUUUCUGUAGCGCUUAUCCACAUCAGGGCCACAGUUAAGCUGACUUUAGGCCACAUGCAGUACGAGAAGUAUUUUUUCAAGAUAAUAUAGAAAGAGAUAUUCCCUUUGCUUCUAUGCAUGCAUACAGGUUGCUUCCUUUAAUUAUCUCCCAUGGCUCAAAGGAAAGAGUGGGACUGUUGCUAAGUGAUAGGAUUAGUUUAAGAAGUCAUGAGAAACAUGAGAAUUACAACUCUUAACAGAAUUCCAUUUAAGACUAUAUAAUGCCCAGAGAAGGUAAUUCAACAUCAGGAGCUCAAAAAAAAAAUCAGCUAUGGAGGAGAAGACUUGCCAACACAAAUCCUGUUUCUUGUUUUCAGGACAGAUUGCACUUUCGUGAUGUUUCCGCUGCGUAUUGACUUGAACUUCAGAACCACUUGACAUUUUCCUCUCUCUGCUUGUAAUUGAAUCGUUUGCUUUUAUUGACUGUUCUCUGGCUUUUCAUGUACUGUACUUCCCUCCUUGGGUGUGUACCCAGUGCACAUUUAUUAUAAAGCACUUUUUUUUCCACCUGAACAUAUGAAUUUUUGAUUCUCCUUUGCCAUAACAACUACACAAACUGUGACAUAGAUUUUCUAAUUUCAACUGGCCGCCCUUCAUUGUGUUUACUUGAAAGACACGUCUUGUACUUUCUGUGUUUUGUGUUGUAAAUUAGUUUGACUGAGCGGGGGGGGGGGCACUGUGGCUGUAUCAAAUGAAACAAAUCAGAGGAAAGAAUCCGUUAUCACAAGGCUCUGUUGUGUGCGGUGAGAUCACGGUACGCCAUUGGCUGACACCUAUGCAUGUGAAUGACUUCACACUUGCAAAUAUAAACAAACAAAAAAAGCUAUGUUUGAUAUGCUAUGACGUUAAGGCUUACCAGAAUGAUACAAAAUGUAUAUGUCCAUAUUUGUUCUACUGUGCACCUUACAAGAGCCUGCUCUCUGUAGAAUAUAGUAGGAUUUCAUAUAGAAAUUAAUGCAGUUUUUGUCCCGACUCUGUUCAUCUUAGGAAAAAGUGCCUCGCUUUUUUUGUAUGAAUUCCUACUAAAUUCUCACGAGAUCGAGCGGCUUGUGACAGCAUGUGAUGCAAGGUCACACACUGCUGCAUGUUGAAUCUUUGAAAACACUAUUUGGUUGUACUUUGCGUGAAAGAAAUGAGGAUUCUUGAUGUUAAGGAGGGAAUUUUCACAAAUGAUGAGAGGAAUUCAAGAUCCAUUUUCUACUCAUCACUCAACCAAAGCUCACGGUCACCUUCGCUUUUCAAUCAUGUGAUCAUUAUUUGGUUGGAGGAGGAGCUAAAGUCUUGAAAUGGAAAGACUAGUAGACUGACUCGUGUUCAUUUGAGUUCCUUUGGUUUUUUUUCUGUACAGCCUUAAACAUUUAAUAUCAGCUAUGUUCAAAUCUCCUUAGAUGUUGAUUCAAAUUGGCGGCAGUAAACGGUGAAAUGAGACUUAAUCCCCCCCCUCCCCCCACCCCCAACCCACAUCUGUAGCAGCCACACGCCACACAGUAAUUCACCAUUUUUUCAUCAAAUGUAUCUAUUCAAACACUCAGUAAGCACAUAUGGACAUAUACACCCCCAACCCACCCCCAACCCACAUCUGUAGCAGCCACACGCCACACAGUAAUUCACCAUUUUUUCAUCAAAUGUAUCUAUUCAAACACUCAGUAAGCACUGGAACAAAACUGGGCUCUUUUGUUAAAAAUACGUCGGCUGCGUGCGUCUGCGAGAGUACGACCAUCCAGUGUAACCUGCCCCCUCUUGCAGAGUUACGCCAUGGAAAUACACAGCCCUAAUUUGUCGACCUCCAACAUGGCAGCGGCGGGCGUGUCCAGAGAUGCCUGAUGUCAUGGGAAAACUGUAAACUUUAACAACAUUCAUAGCAGGACUUGGGUUGUAUGGAUAUAAAAACCACAAAACAUAAGCAUGAACUUUUUUUUUUUUUUUUUUUUUUAACUUGAAGCUGGAGUUCAGCAGACUUCAGCUUCAUUGACAGCUAUUUGAGUCCAAUGAUGGAUUUUGCUAAACUACAAAUCACCUAAAUUAACCAGUUAUAAUGCGAAGAGAAUUUCACCAUGGGAGAUUUUGUCUAAAACAUAAUUGCCGCAUCUGUUAGUCUGAUUAAUUUUUUUCUACCUCCAACAUUUAUCAUUGAAUGUAUCGGUUGUCAAGACUGACUGCUACUUUAUCAACCGAGCUUUUUGUAAUGUCAAUAUUGUGCUGAAAUGUCAAGGGUGCAAAAAAAAAAAAAAAAAAGCAUGAUACGGUGAUCAUGUGGCGCAGCAUCAAAAUGUCGUCUGCUGUUGCACAAACAAGCAGGGUAUUAACAAAAAUAUUCGAUGCUACAAUACAUUACCUUCGAAAUUCUUCUGUCAAAAAAGUAGUCUAAAGUGCUUGUUGAGCCAAUUUGAGACAGAAAACGAAAAUAUUUUACAGAUUACUCAACUUUAUGUAAGUAUUGUCCUGUGAAUAGGCCAAAAAAUUUAAAAGUACUCCACUGUAUCAUAUGUGUAUAUGUAAAUACAAAUAUACGGAUAUUUGGAAGCUCCAUUUUUAUGGCAGAAACAAGACAGAAUGUGAUGUGUUGUAAGAACAUUGUUUGUAUAUGGAAAACAAAUGUACAUUGAAAGAAAAUGUUCAUGUCAUUAUGAUUAUUGAAAUUAUUGUUGUUAAGUUUCAGUUGCACUGUAAAAAAAAAAUACAUCUUUUUGGUUCUUGUUUUCUUUUUUAAUAAAAAGAACACUUUCAGAUGGAUAUACUGCUGUGCUCAUAAGUUUACAUGCCCUACAUUUAUAUUAUUUGUCAUGGGAUUCAAAUGAAAUUGUCCGGCAAUUUGGAAUAGCGCAACCAUUAUAUGAAACUUAGUAAUAAGGAAAACAAUGAGAUGGGCACCGUUCAGGGUGAUAUUUGUGUCAUAUUUCCCAAUUCUUCCCAGGUAUGUAAACUUAUGAGCACAACUGUCUCGAAGGCCAAGACAAAUUCGCAGUUGUCUAGGGUGCAGCUGAAUGAUAAAUAAAUUUCAUAAAGAAUACCAUGAAUCUCACGACUUCUAUCAUUUGUCCUGACACAAGCAAAGUGGUAAGUUGUAACGCCGUCUUUUUAAGUAACAGUGCCAACAUUAUGAGACUGCAGUGGAAUCAGGA